AUGGCUUCCCCUCCCACCGGCGAAGAGCUGGCGGUGAUGAUCGAAGAUAAGGGGAACGAAAUCCGACAGCUGAAAUUCGCCAAGACUUCGAAGGACGAUUUGAAGCCGCACAUCGACGAGUUGCUGGCUCUCAAGACCAAGUUCCAGAGCACAACGGGUGCCCCGUACGUCGCUCCCGGUCAGGAGAAGAAGACCAAGCCAGCUCCAGCGGCAACCCCGGCAGCGCCGGUCGACCCCAACAAGAAGUCGAAGAAGCAGCUGCAGCGAGAGAAGAAGGAGGCGGAGAAGGCCAUCGCCAAGGCGAAGGCCAAGGAGGAGCGGGAGAGGAAGCAGGCCGAGGCAGCAGCAAGCGGCGGCGGAUCCGCCCACGAGAGCACACCCGAGGGGCAGGAGUGGAGGUACGGCGACCUACCCAUGGUCCAGUCGUCGGAGAUGACGGGCAAGACGUUCUGUCCCGUGGGAGACCUCACAUCCGCCAAGGCCGGCGAAGAGAUCUGGCUGAGGGCCAGGGUUCACACCUCCCGGUCCAUCAAGAAGGGCGUCUUCCUGGUUCUCCGGCAGGCUCUGUACACUGUCCAGGCCACCGUCUUCGUGGGCGGAAACGUGGGCAGGCCCAUGGUCCAGUACGCGGAGGACGUCUCGAAGGAGUCGGUCAUCGACGUGAGGGGCACGCUCGUCGUCACCCCGUCCCCGGUGUCCGGGUGCACGCAGAAGGAGGUGGAGCUCAAGAUUGAGGAGAUCCACGUCGUGAGCGCCGCGGACACGUUCAUGCCGGUGAUCGUGGCGGACGCGAUGCGGCCGGACCGCACGCCCGAGGAGGAGGAGAAGCAGGAGAAGGAAGGAAAGGCCCCCACGGUAGCGGCCGACACCCGCCUCGACUACCGUUGGAUAGACCUCAGGACCCCGGCGAACCAGGCGAUCUUCAAGAUUCAGUCGGCGGUGUGCCAGUACUUCAGGGCCAACCUGGCCUCCAAGGGUUUUGUAGAAAUCCACAGCCCCAAGCUGCUGGCGGGAGCGUCGGAGGGGGGCUCGGAAGUGUUCACCACCAACUACUUCGGCACGGAAGCGUGCCUCGCGCAGAGCCCGCAGCUGUACAAGCAGAUGGCGGCCGCGUGCGGAGGGUUCGGGCGCGUGAUGGAGGUGGGACCAGUGUUCAGGGCGGAGAAGUCUAGGACUCACCGACACCUUUGCGAGUUCACGGGGCUGGACUUCGAGAUGGUCAUCAAGGAACACUACUUCGAGGUCCUUGAAGUCUUCUCGGACCUGUUCAUAAACAUCUUCGACGAGGUUAACCGCAACUGCAAGGAGGAGCUGGAGGCAGUGAGGACGCAGCACCCCUUCGAGGACCUGCGGUACGCGCGCCCCACGCUGAGACUGACGUUCCAGGAGGGCAUCCAGCUCUUGAUAGACGCGGGAUACGAUGCCGACCCCUUGGGUGACCUCUCGACGGAGCACGAAAAGAAGCUGGGCGACCUUGUAGCGGAGAAGUAUGGCACCGACUUCUUCAUGAUGGACAAGUACCCUCUUGACGUGCGGCCCUUCUACACCAUGCCGUGCCCGUCCAACCCCAAGCACAGCAACAGCUUCGACAUCUUCAUUCGGGGAGAGGAAAUCGUGUCCGGCGCUCAGCGUAUCCACGACUUGGAGUUCCUGAAGGAACGAGCCAGGGAACACGACAUCCCCCUCGACUCGAUUAUGUCGUACCUGGACGCGUUUAAGCACGGCGCCGAGCCGCACGGCGGCGGGGGCAUCGGAUUGGAGCGCGUGGUGAUGCUGUUCUUGGGGCUGAAGAACAUCAGAAAAACGUCCAUGUUCCCUCGGGACCCGAAGCGAUGCGCCCCCUAAGGGACCAGAGGGCGGCCUGCUAUUCCCACCAAACUUGCUUGCCUACCUUGUAGGCUGCCCGCCAACCUCUGGCGGUGGGGUUCGCGUCCGAGUCAGCCGCAAAGGCGCUACAUGGCGUUGUGCUCGUGUGAUAGUACUCGACCUUUCCCUGCGCACGGUAGAGAACGGUCAGCAGCGUCGUGUCGAUGCGCUUGUUUUCGAUGUGAAGCGCCGUGGGGCGGGUAGGAACGAUGUGGUGGGCCCUGUAUCCCCUCCCAGACUUGCCCAGUUUUUUUUUUUCGUUUUUUUGCGGUGGGGGCGGUCUUGGGUUGGUCUACGGUAGCAGAGGUGGAAACCGUGAUUGGCGGUUCCGCUUCCCUUUGGUGUGGGCCCAUUGGUAUUGCCCCUGUGGACUAUUUUUGUCAACCCGACAAUCUUGCAAAGCACAUGGAUGGUAUCUCAAUGAUUGGAAAAUCGUUGGGGAGAAGUUCGACGUUUGUUUGUCGUCCGUUGCGGUUUUUCCCUCGGACUACCCGUCUGUUGCCGAUGCGAGAACGCGAUCGAACGUUAUGUUGUUGGUAUGCUUAUUCGAAGACCAAUGCUCCAGCCUUGAGGCUGAGAUUUUGCGUUGAUCUUCCAGGAACGAAAGUGGAUGCUGUUGAGACAUGCAAAUAGUUUCCGAGAUGCAUUUUGUUUGAGCAAAACUGAGGUUAUUUCUUCUCGGCAUUGUGCUCCUAGGGUGAAACUGUUGAACGUUGGCAUCAUGUUGGUUGGAAGCUAAGAUACCGAUGUCGUUGUGAUGUUGUGGUUGGC